AUGUACAUAUAUCGGCUGAUCUAUAUACGAUCCGUACAGUCUUAAGUGUUUCCCGACGCAAGGAAAGCCGAAGAAAAACCGAAUCGGUCGGAAUUGGAAAAGCAAUUAAAAGCCAAGAAUCCAAGGAAAGUAGGGAGAAGGAGGAGGAGGUCAAAGUGCAACUGUGCAGAGCGAGAAAAAGUGGAGUAGGUCGAUGAAUGGAUCGCCUGCAUGGCCCACAUCACGACGACGCACGGCAGCUUAAGCCAAGCGCCAAGGUCUUUGCCCAAAUUGAGCAGUCAAGACGAAGAAGGGGGGGCUGGUCAUGGCUUUGGUGGCGGACCGCAACACUUUGAACCCAUUCCUCACGAUCAUGAUUUCUGCGAAAGAGUCGUUAUAAAUGUAAGCGGAUUAAGGUUUGAGACACAACUACGUACGUUAAAUCAAUUCCCGGACACGCUGCUUGGGGAUCCAGCUCGGAGAUUACGGUACUUUGACCCGCUUAGAAAUGAAUAUUUUUUUGACCGUAGUCGACCGAGCUUCGACGCGAUUUUAUACUAUUAUCAGAGUGGUGGCCGACUACGGAGACCGGUCAAUGUCCCUUUAGACGUAUUUAGUGAAGAAAUAAAAUUUUAUGAAUUAGGUGAUCAAGCAAUUAAUAAAUUCAGAGAGGAUGAAGGCUUUAUUAAAGAGGAAGAAAGACCAUUACCGGAUAAUGAGAAACAGAGAAAAGUCUGGCUGCUCUUCGAGUAUCCAGAAAGUUCGCAAGCCGCCAGAGUUGUAGCCAUAAUUAGUGUAUUUGUUAUAUUGCUAUCAAUUGUUAUAUUUUGUCUAGAAACAUUACCCGAAUUUAAGCAUUACAAGGUGUUCAAUACAACAACAAAUGGCACAAAAAUCGAGGAAGACGAGGUGCCUGACAUCACAGAUCCUUUCUUCCUUAUAGAAACGUUAUGUAUUAUUUGGUUUACAUUUGAACUAACUGUCAGGUUCCUCGCAUGUCCGAACAAAUUAAAUUUCUGCAGGGAUGUCAUGAAUGUUAUCGACAUAAUCGCCAUCAUUCCGUACUUUAUAACACUAGCGACUGUCGUUGCCGAAGAGGAGGAUACGUUAAAUCUUCCAAAAGCGCCAGUCAGUCCACAGGACAAGUCAUCGAAUCAGGCUAUGUCCUUGGCAAUAUUACGAGUGAUACGAUUAGUUCGAGUAUUUCGAAUAUUUAAGUUAUCUAGGCAUUCGAAGGGUUUACAAAUAUUAGGACGAACUCUGAAAGCCUCAAUGCGGGAAUUAGGUUUACUUAUAUUUUUCUUAUUUAUAGGCGUGGUCCUGUUCUCGUCGGCGGUUUAUUUCGCGGAGGCUGGCAGCGACAGCUCCUUUUUCAAGUCGAUACCGGACGGCUUCUGGUGGGCUGUGGUGACCAUGACGACGGUGGGAUAUGGUGAUAUGAGACCCGUCGGCGUUUGGGGCAAGAUUGUGGGAUCACUGUGUGCCAUUGCUGGCGUGCUGACCAUCGCACUGCCGGUGCCGGUCAUCGUCAGCAAUUUCAACUACUUCUAUCACCGCGAAACGGAUCAGGAGGAGAUGCAGAGCCAGAACUUUAAUCACGUUACUAGUUGUCCAUAUUUGCCAGGUACAUUAGGUCAACACAUGAAGAAAUCAUCGUUGUCCGAGUCCUCAUCGGAUAUGAUGGAUUUGGACGAUGGUGUCGAGUCCACGCCGGGAUUGACAGACACGCAUCCUGGACGGAGUGCGGUGGCUCCAUUUUUGGGAGCCCAUCAGCAGCAGCAGCAGCAGCAGCAGCAACCGGUGGCAUCCUCAAUGUCGAUGUCGAUCGACAAGCAGCUGCAGCAUCCACUGCAGCAGCUGACGCAGACGCAACUGUACCAGCAGCAGCAGCAGCAGCAACAGCAGCAGAACGGCUUCAAGCAGCAGCAACAGCAACAUACGCAACAGCAGCAGCAACAGUCCCACACAAUAAACGCAGCAGCAAGCGCAGCAGCGGCAACGAGCGGCAGCGGCAGCAGCGGCCUCACCAUGAGGCACAAUAAUGCCCUGGCCGUUAGUAUCGAGACCGACGUUUGACUACUGGGUAAGUGUUGGAAAACGCCACUCGCUUGCUGCACAGACCGAUCCCCAAACACCCACCCCUUCCAUCUUUAUCACACUCUCAAUCUAUCUAUCUUGCUCUGGCACACUUCAAACCCCUAAGAACCCCCCUCCACCCACCUUGCACCUUGAACCGUAGAGCGUAACUAGGUUUAAGUGUUGCAAAAUGCCAAAAGCAAAAUGCAAAAUUCCAAAACGGUUCGUUCGCACUGGCCGCCAUUGAUGCGGGGCAGCGGCAACACUUUGUUUUGCUGCUAAAUGAGAGAAACGAAAUGUUGGAAUUAUACGUGUUAAAAUAACAUAAAUU